AUGUUUAUGAGAAUAAGACAUGCUGGCAGUGUUGGCCCCACUACUGGGAAGGGAAAUACACCGCCAAAACGCAACACGUUCGAAAGACAUGAAGGUGACAAGCUCCCAGACAACAUCCCAGACAAUCUCCAAGACAAUCUCCAAGACAACAUCCCAGACAACAUCCCAGACAACAUCCCAGACAACAUCCCAGACAACCUCCCAGACAACCUCCCAGACAACAUCCCAGACAAUCACCCUGACAACAUCCCAGACAAUCUCCCAGACAAUCUCCCAGACAACAUCCCAGACAAUCUCCCAGACAAUCUCCCAGACAACAUCCAUGACAACAUCCCAGACAACAUCCCAGACAACAUCCCAGACAACCUCCCAGACAACCUCCCAGACAACAUCCCAGACAAUCACCCUGACAACAUCCCAGACAAUCACCCUGACAACAUCCCAGACAAUCUCCCAGACAACAUCCAUGACAACAUCCCAGACAACAUCCCAGACAACCUCCAAGACAAUCUCCCAGACAACAUCCAUGACAACAUCCCAGACAACCUCCCAGACAACAUCCCAGACAACAUCCCAGACAAUCUCCCUGACAACAUCCCAGACAAUCUCCCAGACAACAUCCCAGACAACAUCCCAGACAAUCUCCCUGACAACAUCCCAGACAACAUCCCAGACAAUCUCCCAGACAACAUCCCAGACAACAUCCCAGACAAUCUCCCUGAUAACAUCCCAGACAACAUCCCAGACAAUCACCCAGCAGCGCCAGAUGCACCAGCGCAAGUUGCUUUGAACCGACAGCCGUCCACUGUACCACCAGACCUCGCUAUUGCUCGGGAGACAAGUAAAUAA